AUUUAAAACCACAAAAGGCCAAAAUUCAUACACGAUCCAAACUCACAAACCUAAAAAAUGCCAAAAUUCAUACCCGAAACUCCAAUCCAAACUCAGAACUCCAAAGUUUAUACCCAAAACCCUCAUCCAAUAUCUAACUUCAAAAUGCCAUAAUCCAAACUCAAAACACAAAUUGUCAGAAUCGUAACCGAAGCCCCAAUCUAAACUCUAAGUCAAAAGCCCAAAUUCACACACGAAACCCCAAUCCAAACUCAAAACCCAAAAAUGCCAAAAUUCAUUCCCUUAACCCCAAUCCAAACUCUUAAAUGACUCAAAAAUGCGAAAAUUCAUUCCCAUAACCCCAAUCCAAAUUCCAACUCCAAGAUGUCAAAAUUUAAAAUCAAAUGACUAAUGCGCUUGUUCAUAAAUAGCACGUUGCUUCAAUUUUCUUUUCAAGCGGCGGUGUACAACAAGCCUAAAACUUCAUGUGUAAUUCGUAAAAUUUUCCCUUCAAGGUUUGAAGUUUGGUUUUUGAUUUUUGGAUAGUGGAGUUUUGGUGUUUGGGCCAACCCAGCAUCCCACUUUAGGGCUACAAAAAUUAAAAUCAAAACCACAUCAGUGUGGUUAUAGAUUUGGAAGAAAGAAAUGGCAAUAGCAUCAACAUCGGCCUCAGCCUCAAAGCUCUUCUCUUUUUCCUCGUUAUCAUUCCGUCUGCGAAGCCUCACAACCGCCUCUAGUAUCAGCAGCAACUGCAGCACCACAAGCAAGAAGAAGAAGGAGAAGGAGAAGCUGAAGCAGAGAGUGGUGAUAAAAGAAAAGAGGAGAACGCGUUCUGAUAGAGAGUUCAAAUUGGAAAACAUUAAACGUUAUGGAGAUACUGCCACCCACAUUCCAGUCAUGCUUGGUGAAGUUUUGGAUGUAUUCUCGGCAUCCAAACAGCUCCGGUACUUCGUCGACUGUACGGUUGGAGCUGCUGGGCAUUCCUCUGCGAUAAUUGAAGGCCAUCCAGAAAUGGAAGUGUAUGUAGGACUUGAUGUUGAUCCUGUGGCGCUUGAGAAGGCUCGAGCACGGAUCAACUCUGUUUUGCAUAACCCAACUUCUUCGACCCUCAAAGCUUCCACCUUUCUGGAGAAUUUCAGAUAUGUUAAGUCUCUGCUUUGCGAUGUGGAUGAGACACUCCUUGACACUGGGAUUGAUGGGAUUUUAAUGGACUUGGGAAUGUCAUCAAUGCAAGUGAACGAUCCUGAAAGAGGGUUCAGUGUGCUUGCUAAUGGACCUCUUGAUAUGCGAAUGGAUCCUCAGGCAAGUCUGAAAGCUGAAGACAUUUUAAACUCUUGGCCAGAGACUGAGGUAGGGCGCAUCCUGCGAGAGUAUGGGGAAGAAAGUAACUGGUACUCUCUUCAAAAUAGAAUUGUUAAAGCCCGAUUGAAUGGUGGAUUGCAUUCCACUGGUGAUCUAGUUGAUCUUAUAAAAAGUGCGACUCCUCUGAGUCGAGAAGGAAGGCAAGGUUGGAUUAAGACAGCUACAAGGGUCUUUCAAGCUCUGAGGAUAGCUGUCAACGAUGAACUGAAGACUCUGGAGGAUUCUCUUUAUGCUUGUUUUGACUGCCUUGCACCUGGUGGUAGGCUAGCGGUCAUCUCUUUCCAUAGUUUGGAAGACAGAAUUGUGAAACAAACAUUUCUGGACAUAAUCAAUGUCAAAGAUGGAGAUGGGGAUAUUGAUAUGAAUGAAGAAGAAGCGCGGAAGAAAGAUUUGAGAAAGAUCAAGAAUGACAUUGAUGAAAGUGAAGCAUGGAUCAAACAAAUGGUACAAGGCUUGAGAGGAACAAUUCUCACUAAGAGACCAAUUACACCAUCUGAAAAGGAAGAGAGCCUGAAUAGCCGUUCCAGAAGUGCUAAGCUGAGGGUGAUUCAGAAGGCUUAGUUUAAUUAUUUUGAUGAAUUAGGUUUUGAAGACAUUCGUACAGCAAUAUUUAUCUGCAUCUCUGGUGUUUUCCCCAUUUUUUAUUCACAUUUUGUUUAGGUUGGGAGUUUAGAUUAUAUAGACAUUUUUUGUUUUUGAGGAAUGUAAUUCCACAUAUAUGAAAUAUCUCAAACCCUAGAGUGUUCAUUCAUUUGAUAGGAACUAUUUCCUUGCAAAUAUGCUAGACGUUGGUGUUGGAAGCGUAAUGACCAUGUAUUAGAAAUCUUCUCGUU